AUGGGAUUACCAAGUGUCUGCCGUUGUUGUUUAGCUGAAGGAAUGCACAGAGACAUUGAUAUCCCAAACAUUAAUGAUGAAAGUAAAGAAAUUUAUUCCAACAUGCUUCAGGAUCUAUCUACACAGGAGAAAUCAAAGUCAAUAUGCCUUAAAUGUAUUACACGAUUAAGAGAUGCUUUUAAGCAGCAAGUUGCCUAUUCCGAAAAGAUGAUUACUAGAGUAUUGCAGGAGAGAAUUGUUGAGGCAGUACCUAUCAAGUGUGAAAUGAAGUCUGAAGAUGAGAAUUGUAAUGAUGCAGAAGACGGCCUAUUCUUAAAUGUUGUUAAAGAAGAAUUAAAAAAGAAAACAAAAGAAAAAGUUAAAAUAAAAAAACCAAGAGGAUCAAAGAGAAAUUUAGCUCUUAUAAAAAGAAUUUCAAAUGACAAGAAAAUGAAAAAUAUACUUAGUACAGUAAAUGAGCUAAAAUUAAUUACAAAACCUCCACACGAGAAAGACACGGAAAAUCUGGCAAUACUUUUAAAAUACUCAAAUGUAUUGCCUUUUAAGGACAAAUCUUUGGUUGGCUUCAUCUGUGGAUAUUGCGAUAAGACCUAUGAAGAUCCAUUAGAUCUUAGGAGCCAUACGGAAUUUGACCACAAGAGUCAGAGGCUAGAACUAUACACACCAUCGGACUUAAAUGACUAUCAAAUAAAACUAGAGGUAUCUAACCUAAAAUGCACAAUAUGCGAAGAACAUGUAGAAAAUUUACAAAAACUCAAAGAGCAUUUAGUGAAUAGCCACAAUAAAUCCAUUCAUAAUGACAUUAAGGACCACUUAACUCCCUUUAAAUUGACAAAAGGCGAUAUUUUUAACUGCAUAAUGUGUGCUUCAACUUAUGAAACAUUCAAAAUGCUCAAACAACAUAUGAAUGUACACUACAAUAACUAUGUAUGCCAUUGUGGAUCCACAUUCAUAACAAAGAGAUCUCUGAAUGCACACAAAACUACCCACAUUGAGGGUAGUUUUAAAUGCGAUCUAUGUGAAAAAAUAUUUUCAAAUCGUGCUAAGAAAUCCUACCAUGAAAGAACAUCUCACUUAGGCUGUAGAAAUAUUAGUAAUUGUCCAUAUUGUGAUGAAUCAUUCAGAAGUUACUAUCAACGGAACCAGCAUUUGGUGAAGGUACAUAAUACAGAAGCUCAGUAUAAGUGUAAUAUAUGCAACAAAGGGUAUAUUCUCAAGGCAACGUUUCGCAUGUGUUUUGUCUCGCUCUAUUAUAUAGCUAGAUGA